AUGGCUGCUGAUAGCAAAGCCAAGUGGGCUCAAAGUGACUCAAAUGAUUUAUCAUCCAGCGACAUCGAUGAUGAAGACGUUACUUGCUUCAUGGCAGAAGAAGAAUCUGAGGUAUUUGACUUCUCCUCUGAAGAGUUCACAAGCGAUGAAUUAACUACUACACUUAAUGACAUGGUCAUUGAGUACAAGAAGUUGUUAGACUCUUUGACACUUGUCUCAAGUAAACCAACUGUUUAUAGAACGAUUUAUGUUGAUAAAUUAGGUCGGGGUAAUUUCUCAACCAUCCAAUCAGCAAUCGAUUCCAUCCCAAAAAAUAAUAUUCGUUGGAUUUGUAUUUCAGUAAUGGCCGGUGAUUACAAGGAACAAGUUACAAUUCCAGUAAGAAAACCAUUUAUAUAUCUCAAAGGGGACGCAAAGAAAAGGACAAGUAUAAUUGGGGGUGGCCCUGGCUCAGCUUUCACAAACUCAACUUUCAUCUCUUUAGCAGAUAAUAUUGUAGUGAAACAUAUUACUUUUAUGAACUCAUACAAUUACCCACCAAAAAAUGAUUCCGCAAUGACAAUUGCUGUUGCAGCUGUAAUUACGGGUGAUAAAUCAUCAUUCUACCAUUGUUCCUUCUUAGGACUGCAAGAUACUUUAAGUGAUGCCCACGGAAGACAUUAUUUCAAGUCGUGCAACAUUGUAGGAGUCCUCGAUUUCAUCUAUGGUGCCGGUCAAUCCAUUUAUGAGGGAUGUACCAUAUCAGUGAUCAAUGGAGGAAGAGACAAAAGACUAGCAGGAUUUAUUACAGCUCAAGGACGAGAGAGACCAAAUGACCCAAAUGGGUUUGUUUUCAAGGAAUGCAAGAUUGUGGGACCAAGACUAGCCCAUUUGGGAAGAGCUUGGAGAGAGUAUGCAAGAGUCAUUUACUUCAACUCCUCUUUUGAAGCCUCUAUUGUUCCUCAAGGAUGGGAUGCUUGGACUGCCACUGGUCAUGAGGAAAGAACAACUUUCGUUGAAGAAAAAUGCUAUGGAAGGGGAGCGAACACUUCGGGGCGAGUCAAAUGGGAGAAAAAGCUUAGCCCAACCGAGUUGAAGUAUUUCACAAGCAUUUCUUACAUUGACAAAGAAGGUUGGAUCAAUAAGCAACCUAACUAUUAA